AUGCACUCCAACGCCGCCGUCGAAGUCUCGGCCAAAGAAGCACAACGCCUUGGCCCCGAAACCACCACCCAUCUCCUCUCCCAACGCAAACUUGCACUCGUCGUCGAUCUCGACCAAACCAUAAUUCACACAGCCGUCGACCCCACCGUUGGUGAAUGGAUGGAAGACGAAUCCAAUCCCAAUUACGAAGCGCUCAAGUCUGUCGCCAAGUUCCGUCUCGGUAUCGGCGGAGAAGAGAUCAAAGAUGACGACGACCCCCCCGCUCCCAAAGACUCCGCGGCAGCACUAAAAGCAUCACGAGCGUGUUGGUACUACGUCAAACUGCGACCUGGAGUGCCCGAAAUCCUGAAGAAGCUAUCAGAGAAGUACCAGUUGCAUGUGUAUACGAUGGGGACGAGGUCGUACGCGAAUCUCGUGUGCAAGCUGAUCGAUCCCGAUGCGAGUAUUUUUGGGAAUAGGAUCGUGUCGAGGAAUGAAAAUGGAAGUUUGGUGAGGAAGAGUUUGGAUAAGUUGUUCCCCAUGGAUCAUAGUAUGGUGGUGAUUAUUGAUGAUAGAGAGGAUGUUUGGAGUAAGAGUCCGAAUUUGUUGCAGGUAGUGCCGUAUGAGUUUUUUGUGGGCGUUGGGGAUAUUAAUGCUCCAAUUUUGCCUCCAACGCUAGCUCCGCCCGGUGCGGCAGGAAUUGUAGCACAAACCGAAAAGUUGCAAAGCAAAUUGGCGGAACAGCGAGAAGCAAGACCAUUAGCAAAGAUGCAAGAGGCCUUGGAUGAGAAAUUGGGUAAAACAAAUGGGUCUGGAUCACGGUCUGGCACAGCUAUGCCGGAUGGGAGUGAUAGUGCGACACCGGCUGAUGAAAGUUCAACAGAGGCUGAAAGCAGCGAUGCGGUAGCAGCGCAAACAACAGCAGAUAGUCCGACAGCAGAGGAAAAGACCCAAGCAACAGAAAGCAUCUCACACGCAGUUCUAGUAGACGACGAUACCGAACUCGACCGAGUUUAUUCCAUCCUCGACUCCAUUCACAAUGAAUGGUAUUCUGCCUAUGACAAACUCCAAUCCCAAACCCCCACCCCCACUACCAAACCCUCGGUCGUGGACUUCAUCUCCGCACGAAAAACAAAGGUUUUGGCUGGCUGCACCAUCGUCUUCUAUCCCGAGACUUCCGAACUUUGGGCUCUCGCACGCGAAUUCGGCGCCACCCCCGCGUUCAAAGAAGAAGCAGGAGUCACAACCCAUGUCAUUUCUGCUCUACAAGACGAUAUCGGGACCGUCAAGGCAACGAGAUUGGCGAGGGCGGGGAUGGUCGAGUUAGUCUGGCCAAGCUGGUUCGACAUUUCAACAAGCAGGUGGGAGAGGCAGGACGAAGCGUUGUAUAGGUUACCCCGGGAACAUGCGAUUUUAGAUGCUUUAGGAUGGACUUAA